AUGAGAGCUGCGUAUAGGACUUGGCUGCCCAGCCACUUGUUUACACAAAAUUCAACUACUAGGAUAUUUCUAGCAUUCAUUGGACACGGCAAUAUCCUGAAGCUGCUAGGCAAGGUUGUGCUUUCUACCUCCGACGAUGAAUGGUUUUCCAGCAAAGUUUAUGCUGGUUAUUGCAGCACUAGUGUUGCUUCUCAUGGGGGAGUUCCAAGCAACAUGUGCUUUUCUUCGCGGAACAGUAUGAGUCAAGGCGAUCACGUGUGGAGCACGGACAUGUUGGAAGUCAGCGGCAGACGGGUAGGGGAGGUUGGCGACGGUCCGCUCAUUCCCCUCACCUACUGUGAUGAUGAUGCCAUCAGAAAGAAGCUCGUCCUCGACCCGGACAUGAUGAAGGUUCGGCAGGCUUUGAGCAUCCCUGCCAAGCUUCGUGAAUGGCGCUGGCUGUUGAGCGAACAUCAGAAGAAAGUCGGUGGCCUGCCCCCUGCUGAAGAUAUUGAAAGAUGGAAGAUGAGUCAUCGACCGAGUCCCCCGAGGAUAGAAAGGCGUGCAGUGGACCCGCCCGUGACGGAGCUGCAGUUUCUCGAUCAAUGGAUACGUCUCUGCAGCGGGGCAGCCGAGAUCUUCUCUUGCCGCGAACAAGUCUUCCUCACAGGAGGCCUCGUCUGCCGGGAUCAAACGCCUCGUCAGCGCGAACAGCAGGAAGGCCAACGGCAUGCAGGAAGUUCGGGAUAUGUUGUUCAAGUCGCCAACUGUAUUGCCCAAAACUGUGAUCUGCCUUGUAAGGAGGCCGUUGAGAAGCAAGGUUCGGGGCGUCUGCGUCGGUCUGGGGACCAAAUUGAGAGGACUGUACCUCUGCCCAGCCACCAUGACUCGUCUGCAGGACCACGAACAAUCAAGCGCGGAGCUGACUCGAUGUUGCAAGCUGCAAGCAAGAAAGCUAAAGAGUCGUCUGCUCGAGCAAAGAGUCCUCCAGUCGCGCGAACUGCUGGUUUGGGGAUUGGUGAUAACUCUGUUGGGGGUGAGCCUGUGUCUGAUCUGCUGAAAACGGGCUUUCUAUCAAGUCCAUCUGCUUGUGCUAAGCUAGCUAACCAUGUGUAUCGAGCUGCUGAUCUUUGUGCCUUCUCGAGCCUUCCCUUGGAUAAACAAGAAGAAGCUGCCCUGUAUCAUCUUCAAAAAGGGAUGGUUUUUGCUGUUGGGGCUAUGCAGAACUCGCAUGAUGUUGCCCUCUCUUCUGCCCUGCUUGACGAGCUGGUGAAGAAGAAUGCUGACCUGACUGACAAGCUCUCGAACGAGCGGAUUCGCCAUGACGCGAGGAUUUCCGAGAUGAAGGAGAGUAUGUCCGCACUUAAGAGUUCUGUUGGCCAAAAAGAUGACGAAGUCAAGUCUCUUAUGGCUACCCUGCUCGAACGCAAGGAAGCCUACUUUAGCCUCGAACGCAAGCACGCUGCUCUGGCCCAAGAUCGUGAUAGGCUGCUGGUCAGGUUUGACAACCAUGUGGAAGCCACGGAGGCGUCCAAACAUGAGAUUGCUGCUAAUGCGUACAAGGUGGGAUACCUGGACUGCCAGAACGGCGCUCUUCCUUGCUGUCCUCUCGAACAUGAAGACGAAGCAGUUGAAGAGCAGAUAGCAGAUGAAGCUGCAAUGGAGGAAGACAACUCUCAAGGUGGCGUAGCUGAUAAGGCUAGACCAUAUGCGAAUGAGUAG